GGUUUAAAGCUCCUGUGUCAAACGAAUUAGGAUUGAGAUUAGAUUGGAAUUUGAUUGAUUAGGACAAAGUCCAGUAUAAAUUUGAGAUCAGCUUUCUCAUGAAGGUAAGAAUAGUUAAAAGGACGAUUUGGACGUUGCGAGUGUCUAAUGGAACGCAUUACUCAAAUUGAUGUCUGGCACAGACAUAUGAUAUUCGGUGAUAAUCCAGAUAUAAUGUAAUUCUGUCGUGAUGUUCGUCGAUUUUUUGAUCGGUGUGUGCUCGACGAAGGUGCGAUAAUUGAAAGAAAGGCAAAGGUCGAGUGUCGCAUCGCCGCAUGGCGCAAGUUGAGAUUGUACAACGAGAUAUAUUAGCCUAAACAUUGAAUGGAUGCGGCGUGUCCCUGCUGCAAUACCGAUAUUUGGAACUUUGGUUACGUAUUUCGGUGGUCGUCGUCGUCGUCGUCGGCUUGCAGUGAUCAUCCGGCGCAAUGGCAAACACCGGGGUGUUGCCUUUCGUGCGAGGCGUGGAUUUGAGCUGCAAUGAUUUUGGUGAUGGCAAAUUUCCUGAAUCCAUGCGUCUUAUGACUGGAAUACAAUGGCUAAAAUUGGACAAAACAAAUUUAACAGAGAUUCCAGAAGAGAUGGGCAAGUUGUUGAAAUUGGAACAUCUGUCACUUGUGAAAAACAAGUUGGAACGUUUGUAUGGAGAAUUGACAGAAUUAGGAUGUCUCAGAACAUUGAAUAUAAGACACAACAAUAUCAAAUCUAGUGGUAUCCCAGCAGAAUUGUUUCACUUAGAAGAAUUGACGACGCUAGAUUUAAGUCACAACAAUUUGAAGGAGGUACCUGAAGGCCUAGAGAGAGCACGUUCUUUGCUCAAUCUUAAUUUAAGCCAUAAUAAUAUCGAGACUAUACCAAAUACGUUGUUUAUUCAUUUGACAGAUUUAUUAUUCUUAGACCUUAGUCACAACAAGCUAGAAACAGUGCCACCGCAAACCCGACGUUUGGCUAACUUGCAGACUUUAAAUCUGAAUCAUAAUCCUCUAGGUCACUUUCAAUUAAGACAACUGCCAUCGUUGAUGAACUUAACGACUUUACAAAUGCGGGAUACACAACGAACAUUGAACAAUAUACCUUCUAGUCUAGAAACUCUAACCAAUUUGCAAGAGCUUGAUUUGUCGUUGAACAAUUUACCCCGAGUGCCUGACGCACUUUAUUCUUUAUCGAAUUUGCGUCGUUUAAAUCUCAGCGACAACCAGAUAACUGAAUUAUCAAUAGCAAUUGAAUUGUGGACAAAAUUGGAGACUCUAAAUGUGUCGCGAAACAAAUUAAGCGCAAUACCGGCAUCGUUGUGCAAGAUUUUUACAUUAAGAAGAUUGUAUUUAAAUGACAACGAAUUGGAUUUUGAGGGUAUACCUUCUGGAAUCGGAAAAUUGUCAUCGUUACAAGUAUUUUCCGCCGCCAACAAUCAUUUAGAAAUGAUACCAGAAGGACUUUGCAGAUGUGGCGCACUAAAGCAAUUAAUAUUAACGUCUAAUCGAUUGAUUACCGUACCAGACGCCAUUCAUCUUCUUACUGAUCUAGAACAAUUGGAUUUACGGGAUAAUCCGAAUUUAGUGAUGCCACCAAAACCAAUGGAAGUGCAGAGGGGAUCGGGCAUAGAAUUUUACAAUAUCGAUUUCUCGUUACAACAUCAAUUGCGUCUUGCUGGCGCUAAUGUACCAGUUCCAGUUCAAACUGCUAAUAGUAAAGAUCCUAUAGCGCGUAAAAUGAGAUUGAGAAGAAGAAGAGAUCAGGAAGAGGCUGAUCAAGAUCAGGCUAAGAUACUUAAAGGGAUGAAAGACAUAGCGAAGGACAAGAACAAAGAUAAGGAAAUCGAGGAUUCAAAGGCAGAAUCUUUAAAACCCAAGCGUUGGGACGAAGCUUUGGAAAAGCCACCGCUGGAUUAUUCCGAAUUUUUCGACGAGGAUGCCGGUCAAAUUCCUGGUUUAUCGAUAUGGGAAAUAGAAAAUUUUCUGCCAAACGAGAUUGAAGAAGUGGCGCACGGCAAAUUUUACGAGGGCGAUUGUUACAUUAUUUUAAAGACUGGGAUAGACGAAGGUGGAGCGUUGACCUGGGCGAUCUAUUUCUGGAUUGGAGAAAAAGCAACAUUAGACAAGAGAGCAUGUGCUGCGAUUCAUGCUGUAAACUUGAGAAACUACUUAGGCGCACAAUGUCGAACAAUCAGAGAGGAACAGGGAGACGAAUCGGAUGAGUUUCUACUGCUAUUUGAUUCGGGUAUUACUUAUAUCGAGGGCGGUCGCACAUCAUCUGGUUUUUUCACGGUCGAAGAUACGCCAGCUAUUACUCGGUUGUACAGAGUGCACGCAGCGGGAGCAUCUAUACAUUUGGAGCCGGUUCCAGUUUGUGUCGAUUCUCUGGAUCCUGAUUAUGUGUUUGUACUCGACACGGGCAAUAAGAUAUUUAUGUGGUAUGGAAAGAAGGCAAAAAGCACGCUGAAAUCAAAAGCGCGACUGAUGGCGGAGAAAAUUAAUAAGAACGAACGAAAAAAUAAAGCGGAAAUUAUCACGGAAGUUAUGAAUUCCGAAUCGGAAGAUUUUCUAUUGCAUUUAGGUGUGGAGGAAGACGAGAUGAAAAAUUUGCAAAUUAAAGAACACGUGGAUCCGAAUUUCGUGCCUCUUGUGCCCAGAUUGUAUCAGGUUCAACUCGGAAUGGGAUAUCUAGAACUACCGCAAGUCGAGGUUCCUCAUGGAAAAUUAACAAAUACCUUGUUAAAUAAUCGUAACGUGUACAUAUUAGAUUGUUAUUUGGAUGUAUAUGUUUGGUUUGGUAAAAAGUCGACGAGAUUAGUACGUGCCGCCGCUGUAAAACUGUCUCAAGAAUUAUUUAACAUGAUCGAAAGACCAGAAUACGCGAUGGUAACGAGAUUGCAAGAGGGAACUGAAUCUCAGAUCUUCAAAUCAAAAUUUACCGGUUGGGACGAAGUGAUUGCAGUAGAUUUCACUAGAACGGCUGAGUCGGUCGCUAAAACCGGAGCAGAUCUUACUAAAUGGGCUAAACAACAGGAAACAAAAGCGGACUUGGCUGCUUUAUUUAUGCCGCGACAACCGUUGAUGUCAGCCGCGGAGGCGCAUCAACUCAUGACGGAAUGGAACGAUGAUCUAGAAGGAAUGGAAGCAUUGGUGUUGGAGGGAAAAAAAUUCGUACGUCUUCCAGAGGAAGAGUUAGGGCAUUUCUACAGUGCGGAUUGUUACGUUUUCUUAUGUCGGUACUGGAUGCCGUUGGACAUAACGGAGAACGAAGAUGGUGACGAUCAAUAUGAAGACGAUUAUCAAUGUACAGUAUACUUUUGGCAAGGCAGAGAUGCUGGAAAUAUGGGAUGGCUGACAUUUACAUUUAGUUUGCAAAAGAAAUUUAAAUCGUUGUUUGGCGAAAAUUUGGAAGUUGUGAGGACGCAUCAACAACAAGAAAAUUUAAAGUUUAUGAGCUACUUCAAACGGAAAUUCAUUAUUCAUCAGGGAAAACGCAAACAACCGAAGACUGCGGGUAGCAAUAAAGUGGAGUUCUAUCAUUUACGAAGUAACGGCAGUGCCUUAUGUACUCGACUUAUUCAGAUACCGGCAGAUUCGACGUUGUUAAAUUCUGCUUUUUGUUAUCUUUUAAAUGUGCCAUUCAACAAUUCCGAUGAAGGAACUGGAAUUGUUUACGCGUGGAUCGGAUCAAAAUCUGAUCCUGAAGAUGCUCGUUUGAUCGGAGAAAUCGCAGAAGAAAUGUUCAAUAACCCAUGGAUAAGCCUGCAAGUAUUAAACGAAGGCGAAGAACCAGACAAUUUCUUCUGGGUCGCGCUCGGAGGGAAGAAACCGUACGAUACGGAUGCGGAUUUUAUGAAUUACACGAGGUUAUUCAGAUGUUCCAACGAGAAGGGCUAUUUUACGAUCAGUGAAAAGUGCACCGAUUUUUGUCAAGACGACUUGGCUGAUGAUGAUAUAAUGAUUCUUGAUAACGGAGAACAAGUGUUCCUCUGGCUAGGCACUCGUUGUUCGGAAGUUGAAAUCAAACUGGCGUACAAAUCGGCUCAAGUAUAUAUUCAACACUUGCGCGUGAAGCAACCCGAGAAACUCCGUAAGUUAUUUUUAACUGCCAAAGGUAAGGAAUCCAGAAGAUUCACGAAAUGCUUUCAUGGCUGGGGUUCGCACAAAAGACCGCCACAGUAAGAUCGAGUCGAUUCUUUCUUUUCACUACGCUUAUCCCGUUUGAAAUAAUAAUUUUAUACGUAAAAAAAAAAAAGCAAAAUAUAAUCACAUAAACUCAACAGUUUUAGUAUGUUCACAAAUUUAUCUCGUGAUCUUUUUUUUUUUCACCUAAACUUCACGUACCAAUCACAAAAACAAAAGUCAAUUUUAAUAUAAUCAAUAUGUAUGUUUUUUUUUUACUAUAUUGAUCUAAUCACGCUGCAAAAGAAUGUUACAAUUGCUCAUAAGAUAACAAUGAAUUUAUAUUAAGUCCACAUUCUUGUUUGCUUCUUUGCUUUUGAUUCGCUAAAAAUAUUGUUUUCUCUUACACAUAUUUAAAAAUGUAUAUAUCAAUCUCUGCUUAAAGGGCGUGCGUGUAAUUUAUCCACAUUAUCAAUAUGGCACUUUUAUAUUUUAUUUUUUUAAUUUAAUUUUUUAAGAACAAUUUAACGUGUCGAGUUUUGAUCUCGGAAAACUUUUUUUUAUCUCGUUUUCCAAAAGUUUAAAUAAAAAUUGAAACAAGUUUUUUUUUAACAUUGUAUCAAGAAUUCAACUAAUUCUCUGUGAUGCUAUCUUCUUUUGCUUUACGUAAAAAAAAAGAUUGUCUUUUUCGAUCGUUCAGUCAUGUUUUUUUUUUUUUUUCACGGUAAAAGUUAUUUCUUUAUAUAUAUACACAUUUUCUAUAUUUAUAAACUCUUGUGUAUAAACUAUUAGGUUACAUAAUGCGUUUGGUUUUUGCAGUUUUAUGUUUUCCGUAAAUAUGUGUGUACAUGAGUGUGUGUGGUUAUAUAUAUUUUUUAAAAACUGUUGAAGAAAUAUAUAUAUGUAUAAG